AUGAGUGUUGUUUCUAGUAUAGCGUUACUUAUUUCUGUUGAAUUUCUCGUGGUCUUAAGCCAAUCAUCUCAGGGUGAUAUUGCAGAUUUGUUCUAUGAUGUUAAUUUUAAUGGACCGCUCUUCAAUCAACCUGUUUACACUGUCACUACAUCCAAUUUUACUAUCGCGUCGCCAAUUAACACAACCCUAUUUAUAUUCAAUCUACAACCACAAUCGAUAUUUACAUUGCCCAGCUAUGUGCUAGCGGCACGUUCACUAAAUAGUAUAGCCGAAAUCGGUGUAACUUUGAGUGAUUCAACUUUCCGUGCUGAUUUCAUAUCGAAUUUCACAUAUAGAGUUGUCAAUAAAAUCUCUCCACUCAACUACUUUUCACCGUACCAUCGUUACGUUUUUUACAUAACCGCUACACAGUUUUUUCCCAAUCGUCCAUCAACAUCAUCAACGGCCAUUGCACAAAUUGAUCUUGUGAAUUGUAAUGUCUAUGCUCCACUUUUCAUUAUCGCCAAUCCAACAUUUUCAAUCAGUGAAGCGGCCUCUGUUGGCACACAAUUCGGUACUGUUUUUGCUACCGAUGCAGAUAACGAUUCGAUCACGUUCUCAAUAAGCCCACCACCGAUACAAUUCUCCAUUGAUCAAUACACGGGCGUACUCAGACUGGAUCAAGCGCUUCAAACUAUUACAUCGAUUCCAUUAAUAUUCAAUGUCACUGCCACCGAUGAUGCUUCGUCGUGUUCACCAACUUGUUCCAAUUGUGGGCAACUAUCAUCAACAACAACGAUUACAAUUGCUAUACAAACAACGAAUACACAGGCGCCAAGAUUUUUGAAUCAACUUUGCGGUUCGACUUUUUCACUUUUAGAAACUUCUCAAUCAGGUACGAACAUAACAACUGUUGCAGCGGUCGAUAACGACCUAGGUACAACUCGCGUGUGGUACCUAUCAAUACUGGCCACUGAUCUUGGUACACCAUCACUUCAAUGUAAUUCAAAUUCUCAACAGAUUGAUUAUAUUAAUCAUGAUGCUGUCUCCUUCUUUUUAGCAAUCUGCACAGUGCGUAUCAAUUUAAUCGAGGCCAAUAUAUAUGCACCAGUUUUUACCAUAACGAAAUGGAACAUCACGAUCUAUAAUGCUAGUAAUCCAGCUUUGAUCCGCAUAGUUGCCUAUGAUGCUGAUUUAGGUACAAGUGGUAUAGUGGAUUAUUACAUAGGCACGCUUAAUGUACCGUAUUUUACAAUUAAUAAAACAACGGGCGCUAUCAUAUAUCAAGCCGGUGUGACAUUUUCCAACUUAAAUAGUACUCUUUUUCCUGUUCAAUUUACUGUUUUUGCUCAAGAUCGUGGUAUUCCACCACGAAUAAGUCCAGCUAAUGCAACAAUAACCUUAUAUUUGGACACUAGCAAUGCUAUCUAUCCCGCCGUUUGGCUCAAUCCGACUAGUGGAGAACUCAAUAUCGGUAUAAGUGAAGAAUUCUUCGCAAUGUACCCAAUGCGACCGGUGUUUGAUAAUAAUAGAAAUUUCAACGGCUCGAUUAUUUAUCAAUUAAACCUACAAUCACCAUCUCUGAUGAUUGUAUCGAAUCUUUUUCCAGGUACAAACACGCCGUUUAGUGCGAUCACUCCAACAACAAAUAAUAACAUUUUUACAAGUGGUAUUUCUGUCACCAGUACUCUCGAUGCUGAAAUUCAAGAUUCUUACUUACUUCAACUUUUUAUAAAUACUAAUCCAUCACUUUCCGGUUGGACAAAAAUUACUCUCAGUGAUGAAAACAACAAAAUACCGACAUUUAGCUUUAGUACAUUAGAUAUGAAUAUUCUCGGAGAUCAAGUCGGUCUACGAGCAAUCGCACAAAUACCAGCGUUCGAUCGUGACUUGACCAGUCCGAAUAACUUCGUUCAAUAUUCUAUAAAUCAAGCUUUGAAUGGUGCGAUGAUAAUCAAUCAGUUUUUUAUUGAUAACUCUGCCACUAUUUGGACGAAUUCUACCUUCGCUCUACAAAAUCAAUCAAGUUAUCGAAUUAUAAUUACUGCAUAUGAUGGGGCACCUGCGUGGAGUUUAACAUCGAAUGGAUCGAGCAAUACGCAAAAUUUUCAACUCAACUUAUUUAUUGUUGGGAACAAUAAUAAUUCGCCAAAUUUCAACCAAACUGUGCCAAUAAAUAUUUCUAUCAUUGAAACAACAGCAAAUGGAACGGGUAUUUUGAAUCUUACUGUAUAUGAUCUCGAUGUAACCACAGUUUUAAAUAUUGGUAUUCUAAGUGGAAAUACGAAAAAUGCCUUUUUAUUUGAAAUGAUCUUAGACAAUAGUGACGAUCCGUAUCGUACAGAAUAUCAGGCUAUAUGUCAACUUUCUGUAGUCUCUGCACUUGACUAUGAGAAUAUAAACCUAUAUACACUUGUGUUAUUCGCUUUCGAUUCGAACAAUCUAGCCACAAUCAAUAUUAAUGUCAAUCUAUUGCCGAACAAUUCCAAAGCACCUGUUUUCAAUCUUCAGCCAGGCACCUUAUCCUACCAAUAUGUUGUCAAGGAAAAUCAGGUUGUACCAGUCCUAAACGGAAACAGUAUUGUAGCCAAUGAUAUCAAUAUACCUGCAACGCCGCUUGUGUUUUCUAUUAUUUCUACUGGACAGGAGAGCCUCACCAGUUUAUAUUUGAAUCAGUCUAAUAAUACAGUUACAAUCGGUAUCGGAUCGCCUGGGCUCGUUCGUGAUCCACCAUUCGGCUAUUCAAUAUAUAACUUUUCAAUAAGAGCCACCGAUCAGAAUGGUACUGGUGUGUCGACCUAUGUGCCAGUGUCUAUCUCUGUUUUGGAUAUUAAUAACAACGAACCCAUCCCAACAAAUUGGCCAUGGAUCAUGAAUGAGGGUAUUCUCAAUGUGAGUAUUUUGAUGAUCUUCACAGAUUUUGAUGAUUAUGCAUUCAACAAUACAGUACCAUUUACUGUUCAAGUAAUAAGUCCACCUCAAUUUACGCUUAUACCAACAUUAAGUUUCAACGGUACAUGUACACUUCAGUACAAUGGUAUUUUGAGUCGCAGUGUAGCGAAAAAUGUGACAGUGACGAUGAUGGGAACUGAUGUGAAACAAUUUUCAGUGAAUAUUUCGAUACCUAUCAUUGUCGGUGACGUUCCAAACAAUGAUCCAAUAUCAGAUGGUUCGAAAACGAUCACUAUCAUCUAUGUUAAUAAUUAUCAAGAAUCAUUACAAUCGGUCAAUCUGGGCUCUGUCUAUGUUGUCAAUUCGAAUGAUUGGUUUCUUGCUGCGAACGGGUACUCAGUGUUGGAUGUGAGUAACGGGCAGACAUUCAAUGUUUCUCAAGGAUUUCUUAGCACGCCUACUUUGCUCUAUCCCGGUUCUUAUACAGUUCAUAUUCAAGUGAAAAAGAAUCUCGUUUCUGGUCAAUCAGCAGCCAUAAGUACUAUCAAUAUCGGAGUUACAAGCAUCGAUAGCGAAUUCGUUCGACAAGCAUCUACUAUUCGUAUUCAGGGAGAAACGCCUGAAUCACUUAUCGACCCGACAUUGGGCAAUAGACUUGGCACUCUACUUAAUGCCCUCGCUUCCAUUCUUGGCGUUUCCUCAAACUCAAUUAACAUACUUGCCAUUCGACCUGUACUUCAAUAUCGAAAUCCGAUCUAUCCUCCGUUACCAUUUGAUCAAGCGAAACAAGCGGCACUAACGGAUGUUGUCUUCUACCUGACAUCAUUAACUAAAGAGGCAAUUGAAAAUACAAUUGAUAACAAUCUUAGCCUGUUCUCUUCAAGUUUUGGUAUUACAGCUACUGCAAGUGGACCCAAUCUCUGUAUUAAUUAUGUUUGCCCGUUCGGUACAAUCUGCCGUUUAAGUCGCUCUAUAAUGUCAUUGCCUUCCACAAUCGAUACCAACUUGACUUCAUUCGUCGGCAUUAACAUAAUCGAUUCACCUGAUUGUGUUAAUGCAACAUGGACUACCAAUCCACCGAGUAGUAUCCCGUCGAAUUGUAUAACUUAUUCGUUUAACAAUUCCACAUACUGCCCAUGCACUAGUUUACAAUUCCUAGCACCUCUUGGACCUUAUUGCGAAGUACUUGGUGCAACAUUCAGUAGUAGUGGUGGAAGUUAUGCUGUAUUUGACGGAACGAAGUUUUCAAAUUUGGCACCAGCUCGAUUUUCGUUCGAUUUUACUAUUCCAGACUCUUCUACUAUUGGUGUCAUUCUACUCUGCGGUCUAGAUACAUCACCGAUUAGUGAUUACUUUUGGAUAGCCGUCGAAAUAGUCAGUACUCGUAGGUUGAGAUUUCACUUUCGUGAUGACACUCUUACAUUUGAUACUGUAAUAAUGAUCAAUGCAUCGAUAUGGUAUCACAUCGAAUAUCAAUACGUCGAUUCGACAAUAUUGAUCAUGGUCAAUGAUGAACAAUAUGUUGUCACUGUUAAUAACAAUUCAAUUAAUAUAAAUAAUCAAUCGCUUGCUCAACUUUAUCUCGGUGGUUUACCAAUGAUGAAUUCAUUGAUUGCUGCGCUGUAUCCAACCUUGUCGAGUGUCAAUACAUUUCGUGGAUGUAUUCGAAAUGUUCUAUCUAAUGGAUUCUAUCUUGAUAUGAAUAAUCCAUUGGCAUCAAGUAAUUCAAAUUCAGGUCCUUGCAAUUGUUCAAUCACAAAUUCAUGUACGACAACUUCGUCAGCUGCCACCGGGAUCAUUGUACCCUGGUACGUUUGGCUGAUCAUUGCCCUUGUCCUACUUCUGAUUGGCAUGAUGCUGCUAGUAGCUGUUCUUAUAUGUUUUCGACAUCGUCGAUUAAGGAAGGCACGAGCUGACGCUUAUAUGAGCAAUAUACAAAACGAUCGAAUCAACGACAAGGACACAUCUGGCGAAGAAGAUAAUUUAUCGUACAAUCUAAGUAUACUGAAAAAACCUAUUUAUACACUGUCCGAUGGAGACAUUAAUAGCUCAAUAUGGACAACGAGUCACGGAGACCGUGUCAACUCAUUUGCAAGGGCACCGUUCAAUGAAUAUGUGAAUAGAAAAUUAAGUGAACAACUGUCGAUUUCACUUGCAGACGAUACACAGAAGUAUUAUGCAGAUGAGGGGGACAACACGCUGACUUACGAUCUAAGUUCUAUUAAUUCUAGUGAACGUUGA